CGCUGGGAAUCUGUCCUGUGCCAGCACUACUAGUGUCUCCUCAGCCCACUCUCAACCGCUUGCAUUGUAAUCAUGUCUAUCAAAGUUAGCAAAGUGACCUACCGUAGCUCCUCCAGCGCCCCACAACGCCCCGCUGGCUUCAGCAGUUAUUCUUACAGCGGAGGCUCCGGGGGUGCCAGAGCCAGCACCGCAGCCUUCAGCUUGGGCUCUAGCUAUGGAGGUUCUCGCUUUGGCAGCGGGUACAGAUCGGGCUAUGGUGGAAACUCCCCAGCUGGGAUCACCUCUGUUAGUGUCAACCAGAGCCUGCUGGCACCUCUCAACCUAGAGAUUGACCCCAAUAUCCAACAUGUAAGGAACCAAGAAAAGGAGCAGAUCAAAACCUUAAACAACAAGUUUGCUUCAUUCAUCGACAAGGUACGCUUCCUAGAACAGAAUAACAAGAUGCUAGAGACCAAAUGGCAACUUCUGCAGAACCAGAAGACAACUCGCAGUAACAUCGACGGCAUGUUUGAAGCAUACAUCAAUAAUCUGCGCCGCCAACUGGACUCUCUUGGUCAAGAGAAGGUCCGUUUGGAGUCUGAGCUAGGAAAUAUGCAGGGCUUGGUAGAAGAUUUCAAGAACAAAUAUGAAGAUGAAAUUAACAGGCGCACUGAAAUGGAGAAUGAAUUUGUACUGCUGAAGAAGGAUGUAGAUGAAGCUUACAUGAACAAGGUACAGCUAGAGGCCAGACUGGAAGGUCUGACAGAUGAGAUUAACUUCCUGCGACAACUUUAUGAAGAGGAAAUUCGUGAGUUACAAUCCCAAAUUUCUGAUACUUCUGUUGUCUUGUCCAUGGACAACAACCGUAAUCUCGACCUCGACAGCAUUAUUGCUGAAGUAAAGGCCCAAUAUGAGGAUAUUGCCAAUAAAAGCCGGGCUGAAGUGGAGAGCAUGUACCAAAUUAAGUAUCAAGAACUUCAGGCUUCAGCUGGUCGCCACGGUGAUGACCUAAGAAACACCAAAAACGAAAUUAAUGAGUUGAACCGAUACAUCUCAAGGAUACAGUCUGAGAUUGAUGCCCUUAAAGCACAGCGUUCAAACCUUGAGGCUCAAAUUGCUGAAGCAGAGGAACGUGGAGAACUAGCACUUAGAGAUGCUCAGGCAAAACUGAAAGAUCUGGAGGCUGCUCUCCAAAAGGCGAAGCAGGACAUGACUCGCCAGGUUCGUGAGUACCAGGAGCUGAUGAACGUGAAGUUGGCUCUGGAUAUUGAGAUCGCCACCUACAGGAAACUGCUGGAGGGAGAGGAGAGCCGAUUGGAGUCAGGUAUACAGAAUAUGAGCAUUCAGACGAAGACCACAGGCUAUUCAGGAGUGAGCAGCAGUUACAGUGGGGGACUGUCAAGUGCUUAUGGAGGUAGCAGCGGGUAUGGUAGCAGCGGGUAUGGUAGCGGACUUGGGGGUGGAUACGGUCUUUAUUCCAGCAGUGUGAGCUCAUCCCCUCUGGAAACUUCCCGAACCAAGCGCAGCAUUGUAGUGAAGACCGUGGAGACCAAAGAUGGUAGAGUGCUGUCAGAAUCCUCUGAUGUCUUCUCGAAAUAAACACCUUUCACGUUCCAGCACAAUGUCCCACAGCCAGGACUUUUUGUUUUAUUUACAAAUGAGCCUACUUCAAAGCAGAAAUCAAGAACAGCUUUUGAGAUGGAUUUUCCAGACUAUCCCCAGAUUUGAUCGCAAUAUUUUUAUACGUGAAAUAGGCAUCUCCUAGAAAUGAUAACUACAUCACAACCCAAAAAAAAGUGGUAGCACCAUUAUGAUAAAUGUAAUUGUUUACUCCAUUGUGGAAAGGAGUUAUGUAAUUAAUAAUAUUUAACUGUUCCAAGCACCUUGUACUAACAAUUAGUUCCCAGCAGGCUCAACUCAAAAAGAUACUACCACCUGUAAAUAAGCGCUAUAUCUUUUUUAUCAGACAUAUUCUGCAGCAAUAAUAACAAGGACUUGUUUAUACGUGGUAGUAUAUUUUAGGACUGGUUUGGUAAUUGUGGGCUCAGCUGUGCUCAUUCCCUAAUGCCUUCUCUCUCUGUUACUUUUUUUCAAUUAUCUCAGCUUUAAACAAAACCUUUGCUCCUCCAAACCUCUCACGUUGUGCCUUGGCUUCCGUCCUUGCUGGGUGGAUACUGGAUGUGCCUUAAAAAAAUCUUGCACCUUCAGUUAAAAGCUAUUCAAUAAAUAUUUUUGUUUUAACAAAUAAAUGUUUAACUUUUGAA